CUCAAAUCAAAGGGUCACUAUAUUACUAUCAUUAUUUUAUUAUUACUAUUAUUAUAAAUUAUUAUUGUUAUUUCAUUUGAGAAUAGUAUAGUGUUGCGGCCAUGGGAAGAGCUCCUUGUUGUGACAAAGCAAAUGUGAAGAGAGGACCAUGGUCUCCUGAUGAGGAUGCAACACUCAAGAACUAUCUUCACACUCAUGGCACUGGAGGAAAUUGGAUUGCAUUACCAAGAAAAGCUGGUCUAAGGAGGUGUGGGAAGAGUUGCCGUCUAAGGUGGCUGAAUUAUCUAAGGCCAGAUAUAAAACAUGGAGGAUUUACUGAACAAGAGGAUCAAAUCAUUUGCACUCUCUAUACUCAAAUGGGAAGCAGUGGCAGAACAGACAAUGAUGUCAAAAACUAUUGGAACACCAAGCUCAAGAAGAAGCUAAUGGCAGGAAAAGUAAUUUCCCCUAAUAAUAAUAAUAAUAAUAAAACAUUAUUGACUACUCAACAAAACUCAGAUUUUCAAGAUAAUAAAAAUUGUUCACCACCCUCAUCAUCAUCAUCAUUAGUGCAUCUUCCAAUUUUAAGCAAUGAUAUUAAUAAUUUUAGUUCUAACCUAAGUCUUGACCUAAUUCAUCAACAACUCUAUAGUCCACAAUUUAUGAAUUUAGAAAUUGAUGGUGCAAAUUCAAGGAGCAACAAGAACAAUAAUAGUAGUAAUAUUGAAGGUUCAACUUCUUCUUCAUCACUUGCAUUAUUGGACUACAAGGGUGGAUCAUCACUUCUAGAAGAAGAAAAACAACAUGGUGUUGGUGAUGAUAAUGAUGAAUCUAAUAAGGAAUUCUUGAUGGAUUUAGGGUUUGAUGGAGUUCCUACUUAUUAUGAUAUUGUUAAUGGUCUUAAUUGUCAUGAGAGAGUAGUUGGUGAGUUUUCUCAAAGUAUUAGUAGUUGUUGUUACUCUGAGUGGGUUGAUUUCAACUGUGCUGAAAUUAAGCCACAUUGAGUAAUUAAAUUAAAAAUUAAUGUUGUAUUAUUGGAUAUACUCUUCUUUCUAUUUUAUGUAUUUAUGUAUUUAUUUUUGACAAA